AUGCCGCUGGCAUUGGCUCCCAGCCUGACAAGCGCCGAGCGCGAAGCCAGCGGUGGUGUGGCAACGGGACGGAUCAUCCGCCGGGCCCACCGCAACCGAGGCCGGGGUUCCCCGGUGCCCACGGAAGGCGGGCAGCAGGCCGGCCCGCCGCCGCCAUGCUCCCCUCCCGCCCCGCGGGGGCGGCUCCGGCGGCGGCUCCGCGGGCAGCGCCCGCCGCGACGCGCCCGCCGCCCGGCUCCCCCCGCCGCCGCCCGGUGCAGUACGGUGGCGGGGGGGGCCCGGUUACAUCAGCCGCCACGUGGUGGCUGCUCCGCCGCCCCGCCCCGGCACAUGCCCGUGGAAAAUUACCGCCAACCCCCCCGGCCCGUCACCGAGCCGGGCCGCUCCGGUGCCCGGCGCCCUCCCCGGGUGCGGUGGCAAUGGUCCCGCUCUGUGCGCCGCGCCCCCGCGCUCCCUCGGCACCGCGCCGCGAGAGCAACAGAUGCGGGACCGCCCCGCAUCCCGCUAUCCCGCUCUUCCGCUCCCGACACCAUCCUGACGGCUGGCCGCUCCCGCGCUACUACAGCUGCUGGACGGGCCGGGCACCCGGUGCCGGCGGAGGUGCGCGCCCCUUACCGUGCCCAUGCCGAUGCGCGGCCCCUCCCGCCGCGCCGGGUGGGCCUGCGGGGGCGCCGCUCCGCCGCGCCCAGCCCGGUGUCGGUGUCAGUGUCAGUGUCAGUGUCAGUGCCGGUGCUCACCAGGCCCGGAGCCGCCGCCGCCGCCGGUGCUGCCGAGUUAAUGAAAGUUUGGAGGUCGGUGGGGGCUGGCACCGCCUCUCGCCCCCGCCGCCGUGCUCCGCCCCCCGCUUCGUCGCGCUCCCCAGCGCCCCGCCUCGGCACCCGCACCGCGCCCGCACCGCGCCUCGCCGCACCGGGGGCACCGCGGAGGGCGAGAGCGCACGUGGGACUGCAGGCACACGGGCUACGUGUGGCACACACACACGCGCGUGGGCACACGAGUACACACGGCACACACGGACAUGCUGCACGCAUGGGCAUGCAUGGGCACACUCUGCACUUGGCGCACUUGGGCAUGAACGUGCCCGGUAUCCCACAUGCAGCCCACAGGUAUGUGGACGUGGAGGGGCAUAUGCAGGCUUGCACAGGCAUGUGGCACAUGUGA